UAUCGGUAACCGCUAAGUGGGAACUUCACCGGGAUACUUCACUGACAGGUCACACCGCUCAUUUCACUUUCCGUUGAUUUAUUCUACAUUUCUCGCGGAAGCGUCCGUUCAAUAGAUCUAGAAUAGAAAUACAACUGUAUUGGACUCUGGCUUGGAGGUGUUGUAGGUUAGUGGAGUUAACAGGUAGAAGAGAUAAGCUUGUGUUCACGUUCUUUGCCUGCAAGGGAAGAGCGAGGCGGAUUGUUCUUGAAAUCUACAGACAGGCAGCGAGAAAGGAAGAGGAGAUGCUGCACGUGCAGUAGCUAAUGGGGAUCCUAAUAAACUAAUCUAAACAGGUAGCCUACAUUCUCACCAAUAUCAAUAUCCAGGUCGUAUUCCAUCCGCGCAUCUGAUUGACUUUGAUUUACGUUUGAUUGGUUGAUGUAAUGCCCAUAUAUAUCAUCGAUCGAAAAUUUUCAGAGAUACCUGGUGAGUUGUUACAGCCAGCAGCUGAAGGAGUGUUCAGCAUGGUGGAGACCGUCCCCCCAAAGUCGGCUAAGAAGCCCCGCUGGACCGCUCUGGAGAUCGGCCUGCUCACCAUCGUCUCCCUCCUCUUCAUCGUCAUAUUGGCCCUCAUCGUCCUCUUUGCCACACAGAGGACUGACAGUGAUGGUGUCUGCACCACGGCGGACUGCACUCAGGCAGCGUCUCGUCUGAUAGAGAACAUGGAUGCCAAUGUGGACCCGUGUGACAACUUCUACCAGUACGCCUGUGGAGGCUGGUUGAAGAAGAACAUCAUCCCAGAGACCAGCUCCCGAUACAGCACCUUUGACAUCCUACAAGACGAACUGGAGGUGGUCCUCAAAGAUGUUUUGGAGAAAAGCGUGGAGGGGGAGGCCAGUGCCCUCACUAAAGCCAAGACCCUCUACAGAUCCUGCACCAAUGAGAGUCAGAUUGAGAAAAGGGGCGGAGCUCCUUUACUAGACAUGCUCCCUAAUGUAUUUGAGUGGCCAAUAGCAACCGACCACUGGGAGAGUGUCUAUGGUGACACAUGGAGGUUGGAGGAUGCCAUUGCCAGACUAAAUGAAAAAUACGGAACUCAUGUCUUGGUUAAUUUUUUUAUCGGCACUGAUGACAAAGACUCCAAUUCACACAUCAUUCAUUUUGACCAGCAAACCAGCCUUGGCCUCUUAUCCAGAGAUCACUAUAGCUGUACUGGGUCCUAUGCAGAGCCAUGUAGAGCAUACAAACAGUUCAUGAUAGACUUAGCCAAGCUUAUCCGCACCGACCGCAGCCUGGUGGUCAACGAGACCCAGAUCAGAGAUGAGGUCACCAGGGUCAUUGAGCUGGAGAAGGACAUCGCCAAUGCCACUGAUACUCCAGAGGACCGUAACAACCCAGUUCUCCUCUACAACAACAUGGAGCUGGGUGUUCUCAAUGCUAACUUCAGCCUGGAGGUCGACACAGAAGUGUUUGACUGGAGUUACUUCACCAGGAAAAUCAUGGGGACGGUCGGCAUCACUGUGCCUGACACAGAGAAUGUUAUCAACUACGCACCUAACUACUUCAGACGGCUCAACCCUGUUCUGGCCAAGUACACCAAGAGAGACCUGCAGAAUUACAUGGUGUGGCGUUUUGUCAUGAACAUGGUGGUGGGUUUGAGCAGACAGUACAGAGACACCAGGAAAGCCUUCCGCAAGGCGUUGUACGGUACCACGUCGGAGGCGGCGGUGUGGCGGCAGUGUGCCAUCUACGUCAACAACAAUAUGGACAACGCUGUUGGAAGGCUGUACGUAGAGGAGGCCUUCUCUGGGGAGAGCAAAGAACUGAUGGAAGAGAUGAUCUCUGUGAUCCGCGAGGUGUUCAUCAGUAACUUAGACCACCUAAGAUGGAUGGAUGUCGAGACCAAGAAGGCUGCUGAGGAGAAGGCACAAGCUAUCCGAGAGCGGAUUGGCUACUCCAACAACAUCAAGAAUGACACCUACCUGAAUAACGAGUAUAGAAAUUUGAGCUACAGUGCAGAGGAGUACUUUCAGAACAUCCUUCAGAACCUGAACUACGUACAGAAGAAACGUCUGAGGAAGCUACGGGUCAAAGUCAACAAAGAAGAAUGGGUAACGGGAGCAGCCAUUGUCAAUGCUUUCUACUCUUCAAGCAAAAACCAAAUAGUGUUUCCAGCAGGCAUCCUCCAGCCUCCGUUCUUCGGUAAAGGCCAGACCAAGUCUCUGAAUUUUGGAGGUAUCGGCAUGGUGAUUGGACAUGAGAUCACUCACGGGUUCGAUGACAACGGUCGUAACUACGAUAAAGAUGGUGACCUGAAGGAAUGGUGGACGCCAAGCUCCACCCAGAACUUUGUGAAUCUGUCCAAGUGUAUUGUGGACCAGUAUGGAAGCUUCUCCUGGGACCUGGCCAACGGACAGAAUCAGCUCAAUGGAAAUAACACUCUGGGAGAGAACAUUGCAGACAACGGCGGGAUUCGCCAGUCGUACCAGGCCUACCUGAACUAUGUGGAGAAGAAUGGGAAUGAGCCUCUCCUGCCUGGAAUAAACCUCAACCAUCAACAACUCUUCUUUCUCAACUUUGCUCAGGUGUGGUGUGGAACACAUCGGCCACAACAAGCUGUCAACUCCAUCAAAGUAGAUGUACACAGUCCAGGGAAGUUCAGGGUCCUGGGGUCCCUCCAGAACUUCCCCGAGUUUGCCAAGGCCUUCAACUGUCCCAAGAACAGCUCCAUGGUGCCUGACAGUAUCUGCCGAGUCUGGUGAUACUGUAGUCUUGACACUAGCCUACCCUGAGGCUGGUAGGGGGUGAGAGGUGGGCUUGUGUCCUCUUUCCCUUCCUAACCACCUCACUUUUCCACCUGACUGUUAGAGCACUAGUCUGGAACAGGGGUAUGUUCUAUGUUCCCUGCAGGGUGGACCAGGACUGCUACACUGACUGUACAGAACAAACAGAUUCAAUGGACUACAGAGUGCUGUUCAUAGCCAGCUCCCAGACUCUUCACCAGAUCAGCAGGGUCACUGCUUUCCACGGGAUACAGUCACGUCAAUUCAAUCUUUUUUUUUUGUGUUUGACAAUGUACUUUUCAAUUCUACUUUUUCCCCCGUUGCAUUUCAAUCAUGACAAUUAUUUGUUGUUGUUGUAUACAAAAUGUGAGACUAAUGUGAGCAUCUUGAACAACAGACAAAUAUCCACUUAUUCUAAACUGCAGCUCUGUUUGUCCAACAUGCUAUUUGUUUUACACUAUGAGGUGGGCCUCAAUAUAAACCAAAAAUAUACUGUAUAAUCAAUACAUUAUAGAUGAAUAUACAUUGACAGUAAUCAGUAGUCACACUUGGGGGGGGGGAUUCUAUUUGAUUGUAUAUUUAAGAAAACCACAUUUUAUUUUACUGAAUAUACACCAAUGAGUAUAACAAUAAUUUCAUGUUUUUUCUGUAUAUGUUAAUGUCUCUAAAUGGAUGCCAACUAUGUCUAUAAGCACGAAACACUUCCGUUGUUGCCUUGGAAACAGUUGGGCGACUUAGCUGGUCAGGAAAUCACAUACAUCAAACAUAUUGCUAUUUUUAUUUUACAGCAAGAAUGUGACCUUGAUUCAAACUGCUCUGUCCAGCAGAGGAGGCUGGUGGGAGGAGUUUUAGCAGGACGGUCUCAUUACAGUGGCUGGAAUGGAACCAAUGGAAUGGUACCAAACAAAUGGAACCAACGGAAUGGUACCAAACAAAUGGAACCAAUGGAAUGGUACCAAACAAAUGGAACCAACGGAAUGGUACCAAACAAAUGGAACCAACGGAAUGGUACCAAACAAAUGGAACCAACGGAAUGGUACCAAACAAAUGGAACCAAUGGAAUGGUACCAAACAAAUGGAACCAAUGGAAUGGUACCAAACAAAUGGAACCAACGGAAUGGUACCAAACAAAUGGAACCAACGGAAUGGUACCAAACAAAUGGAACCAACGGAAUGGUACCAAACAAAUGGAACCAACGGAAUGGUACCAAACAAAUGGAACCAACGGAAUGGUACCAAACAAAUGGAACCAACGGAAUGGUACCAAACAAAUGGAACCAAUGGAAUGGUACCAAACAAAUGGAACCAACGGAAUGGUACCAAACAAAUGGAACCAAUGGAAUGGUACCAAACAAAUGGAACCAACUGAAUGGUACCAAACAAAUGGAACCAAUGGAAUGGUACCAAACAAAUGGAACCAGCACGUUUCACUCUGUUUCUUUGAAUACCGUUACAAUGAGCCCGUCCUCUUAUAGGUACUUCCACCAGCCUCCUCUGGUGUUCAGUAUGUGUGUGAUUUUUGCCUUUUUUAAGUGUGUUUUUUUUUAUCCGGAUGUAACCACUACAUUUUUCAACAAACUGAUGAAGCCUUGCAUGAACCAUGGUGCUACUGCUGUUUUGUGUGUGUGUGUGUGGGGGGGGCUGAGGAAGUCAGGUUUGUAGCUGGACCCCCCCCCCCCACACACACAGUUUACGCCAAAGAUUUUUAAGUCUGAAAUAUUUUCUUGACUUAAAAAUGUGCCACAAAUAACCUCUUCUUUCUCCUGCUCUUUAUAAUUGUUUUCACACACAAACACGGGAAACAAAACAUGUUGUCCUUGUUGAUGUUCAGCAUUAUCACAGUGUGUUUAAGGUACAGAAGUAACUAAGUGUUAAGUUUUUCUCUUUUAUUCCUUUCUGGGAGAAGCAGAUGUAAUAUUUGUGCCUGUUAAGGUGUUUGGUAAGUCCUGGUUUUGAAACACACUAUCCUUUUAGAUCCUCUAUGUAAGGGGAAAGGAGGAUCAUUUCUCAAAAAUGCCACCUGUUUAUGUUGCCAUGUUUUCUGUGUGUAUGUUUUCCCUCCUACACAUAUACACACAACCAUCUCACCUGUAGAAGGAUAGACGGAUAUACCUCAGUUGCCUGUAUUUACAUACUUUGUAAUAAAACAAAUCCUUAAAGAGAA